AUGAAAAUCCCGAUAACAAUUGCCGAACUGGUCUCCUCAUUCUCGGGUCUUAACAGGACACCUGACUUUAAACCAGUCACUAACUGUCCAGGAAAUAGUAGUGGUGGAAUCAAUUCCGGAAGGACUACACCAACUCAGAAAUAUCAUGGAGAUAGGAGGCAUUCGACAGUUAUUACAGUUGGAGCGGACAAACUGCCAACCUUGCCUUCUGAACCAACUUUGUUUCGAAAGGCUAGUCGUUCCAGUAAUGGAUCUGAAGUAAAGUAUCGAAAAAACAGAAGGCAAUCAGCCCCAUGCAUCUCCACAAUUGCUGGUUCUACAUGUCUGAAAGAGAAGUUGAAUCGAUUGAGAAGUGCAAAUAGUUCAGGAGAUGAGCAGGAUGAUAUACAAGAAGAAGAUCACGAACAUGAACAAGAAGAGUUUCAUGUGAAAAAUAAAAGAAAACAAUCUGUGUCUUAUCAAGUUGCUUAG